UUUCUUUACGAAUCGCGCACGAUAUAUUUAUACCAUUUUUUUUUUGUUUGAAUAAGUUUCGAUAUGGGUGCCAACAAUAGCAAACCGCAAACUGUUCAAAUACCAAAUACAUCACCAUUUCAAAUCAGCCGGGAAGUUUUGGAGCGCGUCGAGAAGGCAACCAAAGCGGAAAAGGGACCCGCCCCCGUUACAAAUCCAGUUCAAGUACCCGUCGCUUCCACCUGUGAGCACUGUAAUCGUAAAGGUGCAGCAGCUGGAGAUGCAGCUGGAACGGGCAGCAGCGAUGAGAUGCAAACUUAUCAGCAAAAGCAGAUGGAAAUCUCUUCAUCGUGGGCACGGCGCUCAACAGAAAUUGAGGAGGCACAAUUUACUAAAACAUUAGAUCGUGUGCACAAUUUGUUCGGACAGCCAAUUAAAUGGGCCAAGGCCAACGAAUGCUCGGCGGAUGUCGAUAAAAUGGAAAAGCAAUUGAUAAGCUGCUAUCGCCAGUACGGCAAGGAGCCGUUGAAGUGCGCUGCCUUGGCUAAAACAUAUCACACCUUCAUCUUCAAUAAACAGGUUACCGCUGUUAAGCGCACAGCGCACGAUGUGCAGGAUGUAAAGGGAGACGAUGCUAACUGAUGAUUGGUUCCUCUUGCUCGAUCACCAGUAAAAUAAAACGAAUGCGUGUUAAUGAAAUAUCUUGGACAUUUAAAAUAUAACGAUCACAUUUAGU